AUGGCAUCAUCUCCCGAAAUUCUCCAGCCAGGACACCAUGAUAGCUUGAGGGCCGAAAAAUGGGACUCUAAUUUGGUCGAGCCUCGCAAAGAUCUUCCAUCCACUGUCAACUACGGAGCGAAAGCUAUAUCUAAUCAGACCAUCUCCCAUGUUGAACGCAAACUGGGUGAAACUGAAGUAUCUUACUUUUUGCCCUCCCGAGAGAGUGGCGUCAAUGAUAUGUACCUCCAUCUUGGUUGUCGGGCACCGUCCUAUAUGGUCGACAGAAGACGUGUCGGCGUUGUCUGGGCUAUCAUGCGGGUUAGGCAUCCCCUUCUAGCAUCAAAGGUCAAGAUGAACGAUUACGAGGAUAUUGUAUUCUCUUAUGACUUUCCUCAAUCUACAAACCAAGCCCUCGUAGAUGCGAACCAGGCACUUGAAUACAGGACUCAGUCGAAGGACGAUCUCAUUGACGCGUACUUGAACGGCCCACGUACAUUAUCAGACAGUCGUUUAUCAUACUUGAUUGUUUCAAGUGACGAUCCCACAGAAGAGAUAAAAAAGAGUUACGAUUUCUUAAUUUGCGCAACUCAUUUCUUGGGAGAUGGAAUGGCUCUGCAUCAAUUCGCCAAUGAUUUCUUCUUACUUCUGGGAAGCUCUCUGGAUCUUGUCGACUUGAACAAAAAACUCUUCUCCGAAUGGUCAGAAAGGUAUUCGAAGGGUCACGGCAAAGGCCAUACUCUUCCUUCGUCAAUGGAGGACAGAUUGACCUUACCGUCGAAAGGCUUUGCGCGUGCAGCUUCCCGCGUAGACUUUGAGAAGAAUCAACAAAAGCUUAUAGGAGGACACACAUUUCCGCGACAAUCAAAGGGACGAGUGCACACUGUCGUUCCGACAGUUUCGAUUGGCAGUGAAACCACUAAAAAGAUUCUAGCAAAUUGUAAACGGCGUGGUGUGACUAUAUCGAGCGCUCUAUUUGCUAUCUGCAACGUGGCCUGGCACAGGACUAAUUCGUCGAAUUUGGAACUGCCGAUGAUGAUGUAUUCAGCCCUCAACAUGCGUCCAAACUUAAUGGCAGACAAACGUCUAAACGACUCGUAUUGGUUCCUCGCCAUUGGCUACUUCAAUGUAGUUUUGCCGACUUUCUUUCCCCGUGAGGGUAACUUGGAGGGAACCUUUUGGUUUCGUGCACGUUCAGCGAAAAUCCAAAGUAUCAAAGCGGCCAAAAGUCCUUUGAACAUCUCUCGGUGCUAUCAGAUGGCAAAAGAACGAGGUCGACGGGCGCGUAUCUGGGCCAAAGAGGACGACGAUAAAUUAAAUGGAAGAUACAUCAGACCCCCACCUGCCCCUUCGAGUGCUUCACCUACUUCUUGCAAGCCCAACGUGCCAUCAAAUGCUCUGAUAGGGUUAUCUCUUCUUGGGAACCUGGAUGGCACGUACAAGCAUGCAGCGUAUCCUGAAAUCAAACUUCAUACCCUAACAACAGGCUCGCGCCAACGUUCUGGUGGAAUGCUUUUAUUUGGUUAUACGUUCGUAGAGAAGUUGUGGGUGAGUUUGGGUUAUGACGAAAAUGGGUUUGAGGAGGAUACCGUGAAGCGAUUCUGGAAGAAUGUGCUCGAAUCCAUUGACGAGUUUCUUUUGCGGUAG